CAUUCCAUCCAAAUUCCUAAUCCAUACCAUUCCAUUCCAUUCUCCCCUAAAUAUCUCCACUCCAUUCAAAGCAUAAUUCCAUCCCAAGAUAUCCCAUUCCCUUCAUAACAUUUUCCGGCCACCGUCUCCUCCGCCGGAGACCGGCCACACCAUGCACCACACCCCUAUUUCACCCUAUCCCAUUUAUAACUUCUUCUUAUAUUAACCCAACCCUAAUUCCCGUCCCAAUGAAAGAACAACAACCCCUAAACAAUCCCAAAGUCAUCCAAAUCGAAUACAACGAUGACAACUACAAACAACAACAACAACAAUCAUCUCCAAGAGGGGUAUUGGAAAUUCCGUUAUCCGGAUCGGAUUCCGACAACAGCCGGAGCCUGAGCAGCCGGGGCUCAUCUUUCAACGAAAAGUCGCCGGAGAUGGAAACCGAAUCAGACUCUGCAACCGAGUGCGGCGGAGAUGAGGAGGAGGGCGGCAGGCCGGGGCUGAUUAGCUCGUCGUCGGUUGCACAGGAUGUGCGGUGGCGGCAUUUGGUGUGCAGUUUGAAGUGGAAGUCGUUUAAGCGGUUUUCGACGGUGCCUUUGGUGGCCGGAUAUGAGAUGUCUAGGAAGAGUUUGAUGAGGAGGUUGGGGAAACAUCAUGUUAGCGAGGAGAUGGUGGAUGGUGUAAGGUGGACUGUGCCAAAACCGUCGUGGCGGAAUUUCACGUUUGAUGAGCUUUCUGCUGCCACCGGUGGUUUCAGCCUCGAUAAUUUGGUGGGCCGAGGUGGGCACGCUGAAGUGUACAAAGGACGCUUACCCGAUGGCCAACUCGUUGCCGUGAAGAAAAUAACAAAGAAAGAGAAAAAAGAUGAAGACCGAGUUGAAGAUUUUUUAUCUGAGCUCGGGAUCAUAGCUCAUAUCAACCAUCCAAAUGCAGCUCACUUGAUUGGCUUCAGUUCUGAUACUGACUUACAUCUUGUUCUCCAAUUUGCGCCACACGGCAGCCUUGCAACUUUACUACAUAAUAGUAAAGAAAGAUUAGACUGGGGGCUAAGGUUUAAGAUAGCCAUUGGCAUUGCAGAAGGAUUGUUGUAUCUUCAUUGUAAAUGUCAAAGGAGAAUAAUUCACCGCGAUAUCACGGCUUCAAAUAUCUUGUUAAUGGAAGACUAUCAACCUCAGAUAUCUGAUUUUGGGCUAGCAAAAUGGCUCCCUGACAAAUGGCUUCACCAUAUUGUUUCCCCAAUUGAAGGGACCUUUGGGUACAUGGCACCCGAGUAUUUCAUGCAUGGAAUCGUUCAUGAGAAGAUCGACGUGUUCUCUUUUGGAGUUCUUUUGCUUGAGCUUCUUACUGGUCGACGCGCAGUUGAUUCAAGCAGGCAGAGUCUUGUAAUAUGGGCAAAACCGUUUUUGGAGCAAAGAAAUGUUAAAGAGCUCGUGGAUCCUCGUUUAGAAGGCGAGUAUGAAAUGAUUCAAGUAAAGCGUGCCAUGUUAGCAGCUUCAGCUUGCAUUCAUCAUUUGCCUAGCGUCCGCCCGAACAUGAAACGGGUUAUGGAGAUGCUGAAGGGCGAGAGGUCGGAACCAAAACUAAAAUUAGGUGGGGGCCGACAAUUGCUAAUCGAUGCAUGUGACUUAGACGAUUAUUCGUCAACCACGUACCUAAAAGACCUAAAUCGACACAGGGAACUUGUGAUGGAGUGAUGAUUAGAGAUGGUGUGCAAGCAAGCACUAUAAUUUUUGUUUUGUAUGUGAUGUUUUGGGUUGAGGGAGGAGUUGUGUGUAUAUUGUUGGGCCGGUGGUGGGCCUAGAAGAAACUCCUUUUAGAAGUUUUAGGGCCAUGUCUUGUUUUAGUUGUGGCUUUAGAUGGGGGCCCAAUAGGAUAUAUGGCUAUCCCAUGUUUGCUUCUAAAAGAACCACCUUGAUACACCACCAUGUGCAACAUAUUAUUCAAGCCCGAGUUUAUAAUGGGCCGAGCUCAAUUCGGAUUUGCAACGCGCCCAUCUUGUAAUCAUACUAGUAUAUUGAACAGCUAAAAUCAUUUUCUAGCUCUUUAGGCCAUCAUAUAGCUAUUUUUUGUUUUAUUU